UACUUACUCUGCAGACAGUUGGCAACUUCUGCGCACUGUGCGCUUCAGCAUGCACUGAUCCCACUCAUUUUAUGUGGCCUACUAAUUGGUGGAAUUGCUGUUGUUCCCAGUUGCUUCUACAUUGUUAUGAUACCACUAACAGUUGACCAUGGAAUAUUUACAAGGCAAGGAAAUGUCAGGGAUGGCCUUUUGCACAGGUGGCAACCCAUCACGAUACCAUGCUUAAACUCACCGAGCUCCUGUGCGACCCAUUCUUUCACAAAUGUUUGUAGAAGCAGUCUGCAUGCCUAGGUGCUUAAUUUCAUACACAUGUGGCCAUGGAGGUGAUUGGAACACCUGAAUCCAAUGAUUUGGAGGGGUGUCCCA